UCUAUCUACCGCCCGGAUACAUGACGGUCUCCUGACAUGUCAUGGCUGCCGAAAUAGGCUCUUGGCUUGCCAUGUCUAACUUGCAGAAAUACCUGGGGUGCAGCUGGAUUCCUCCUUUAUCAUCCCCUCGCCGAAACCUUUCACACUAUCUGUCCUUCAAUCUUCAUCAUGACAAGCUAUGGAAUGCCAUACCUCUUGGAGGAUAAGACGGGCAAGCUGACAGGAUCACACUUCGUGGACAUCAACGAUCGUUUACGCCUGACACUUCGGUGCACCACUCGGGAAGCCACACACACAACAUACAUAAUCUACAACGCAACAGCAGGGACGGAUCCAGUGGUGACCCUAAACUUUGGCUCCAGCAACUCCCUCGGAACAAUAACCUUUGGGUCAGGGCCACAGGUACCCAUGAACAGCUUCCUGGAACCAUCUCCGAAUGAGAACGCAAAGUCGAGGAAGUUCAUUGGGUCCGAUGGCCAGCAGUACAGAUGGAGUUGGCGAACCACACAGAGCGAAGAGUGGUCGUGCACAAACACAAGCAAUCAGCAAGUUGCGUCUUAUUCGUUGAAAGUACCCGGAGAGCCAGAAUACGACCACUCCUCUGGGUGCGUGCUUACCAUCGAGGAGGCGUAUCCGCAUCUCGCAGUCGAGAUGUUGGCGUCCUUGACAAUAAUGAGGCAUAUAGUCGCCCAUAACCUUUGAUGUUCUUUGGUGACCAACGCCUGGAAUUUGGAGCUGUACUACUACAUUCGUAUGUUAUUAUUGUAUAUUUCUAGCAUAUCAUCUUGAAUUGUGCAUAUUAUGUUGGAUGACACUUGUAUCUAUCUCUUAGUCAUCACGGACCCUAUACGUACUUUUAUAUAAUGUAUGUCUCAGCGGCUUGUAUGUUUCUCUUGCACGCUAGCUUUGUC